GCUGGAUUGGGCCUCGACGUGCCAAAGGUACACUAUCACCACACCGAUUAUUGGGGCAAUAAUUCCACCUUGUCGGACAUUCUUUGGGACGGUAUCGACACCAACCCUAUGGUGGUAGCUUUGUCAGAUGAAUUCGCGGACACUCACGGCCUUCCGCGGUCCGGCCGUUUUCCAUGGGAUCGGAGGAAAGGACGUUAUUUUGUGAAAGUGUACCAUCAGCUGCAUUGUCUUAAGUUUAUCCGGAAAGGGUUCGUGGAGUACGAACGCGGACAGAUCCCAACUUUGAAUGCGCAACAUGUCCACCACUGUUUAGACAGCCUUCGGCAAGAUGUUCAAUGCAUAGCAGACGACACAUUGAUGCCUACUGGAAGCACACCUCGCUCAAUAGGAGAUCUUCAGCCGCUCAAAUGCCGAAAUCUCACGAAGUUGGUCGAAUGGAUAUAUGCUCCGGAGCGGAACGCAUGCCACCGAUCGUUGGACGAUUAUCGUCCUAUCACGCAUUCAAUUGAGCGAUAUGCUUUCUGUUCCAAGAGUUCACCAUACUAUUCGGCAAUGGAGGAGUACUUCAGAAAAUAUGGGCAUCAUGAUCCCUGGGAAACAGACCAUGUUGUCGAACCGUUAUGAAAAGCAAAGAACAAUGAUAUGGCCUAUUUUUAAUCUUAAGACUGCAACAUGUUGGAAGCCACUCAAACCGUCAGUCCAGACUACGAUUGGGUUCCACUAACUGAUUUUCUGAGCGGCGCCGCAGAAGUGCCCUCGGAGGGUAGUCGCACCAAACUUGCAUUCUCAGGGCAUUGACCUCAACUCAAACGAAGUGACAGGUUCUGAAUUCAAAGAAACACCGGACUGUGAGCCAAAGCCAUGGAAUUGUGACUUGACCUUGCGCACCAGAG